GUUUGCCGCCAUCUUGGGCUGUGGCUAGAGCGUCGGGAAUAAACUGACUUGGCGUCAGGAAGAAACGGACCUCCUCUGAGGGCUCCGAGCCGGGCGCCGGCCCACGGCCUUCGAUCCGCGUCGGGAUCCCCUCAGCUCUGUGACCUCCCGGCUUCCUAAAGGUGUUCGCUACUCGGCCACUUCGUGGGCGCCCGGGUCCUUGACCUGAAAAAUGCCGUUUUCAGAGAAGGUGUACCCUCCAGAUUUGGAAUCUGAUUCUGAGAAAACAGUUCCCCAAACUUCAUACUGUUAAUUGAGUCUCCAGUAAAACUAAAGUUUCCUGAUGUCCUAAACUUGUGUACAAAGUAAAAUGGAUUCUACAUCUCUGUUACCAACCCUUUUAAAUGUGGAUCUGACAAUAUCACAUAUAGAAUGUCUUCCCAAGGACAUUCUGGUGAAAUUUCAAGGCAGAAAUAAUAUUGAAUGUGAGUUUGACUACCACAUAUUGCAGAGGGAAAUACAGUAUGUUCAAAAAGGAAACAGUAAUGUAGACAUCGAUGACUUUUGUUUGGUAGAAGAAAGAGUAUCAGGAGAAUGGCAGAGAGGAAGAGUUGUGGAAAAGAAAAAUGAACUCUAUACUGUGCUCCUCAUAGACCGCGGAGAGGAACUGAGAGUUGACAGUACGCAGGUUGCUUCAGCGUGUGGCAACUUAUUUGAGCUACCACCACGGGUAACAUUUGGCAUUUUGGCCAACAUACUACCAGCUGGGGAAAAAUGGUCUCCCAAGGCUUUGAAUUAUUUCAAGUCAUUAGUAGGACUACAAGUGAAAGGUUGUGUGCAAGCUGUUUUGCCUCUUCAGAUGAUUGUUCUUGAAGUGCCAAACAUUAUAUCCCAGGUUCUUGAAUUACAAUUAGGGAGACUCAUUGAUGGAGAUUCAUUUCGUCUUAUUGUGGAAAUGGUAAAAGAAUUCCCCAAACAAAUGCCAGAUUCAUUACACUAUAAAAGACCUGAAUCAUCUUUAAGUAAUAACGAUACUUUACUUGAUAUUCAGCAUGUUCUGGAUAAUUUGCAACCAUCUUUGUCAGUGGGCAGUACUGAAAGUGUAAAAGUAUCAUCUGCCUUGAGCCCAAGUAAAUUUUAUUGCCAAUUAAUUAAAUGGAUUCCAGAGUUGGAAAACUUUACAACAUGUAUGACUUUGCAUUAUGAUAUUAUCAGCCAAGGAAGUAGUCCCACAUGUGAUAAUUUUGGACUACUUUGUGUUGCCAGAAGGAUAAAUGGACAGUGGCAUAGAGGAAUUCUUCAGCAGCUUUUGCCCAAUAAUCAAGUGAGAAUUUGGUUUAUGGAUUAUGGCAGUAGUGAGACUGUACCUUCAGUUCAUGUAAAGAAACUUAAACAAGAUUUUGUCUUAGUACCAUUAUUUUCAUUUCCAUGUUCUCUAACAUGUUUACACAGUCCAGACAGAGAUAUAAGAAAAUUUCAACUGAGUAUAUUUAAACAAGCCUUGUUAGGACAGGUAGUAUAUGCACACCUUGAUCGGUUCAAUAAGGAUGAGCAUUUGUAUUAUGUAACCUUAGAAACUCAAGAGUCUACAGUUACUUCUAAGUGUCUGCUGAAGACUGUAGGCACACAAGUACUAUGUCCAGUGUCUGAUUCAAAAAUUUAUAAUAGGCUGAGGGCAACUAGUGCUUCUGAGGUAAACAGCUUUGCAGUUGGGAGUUUUAUUGCAAACACUGAGCAGCCGAUAGACUCUCUAAGUAAAAAAGAUACUUUAAAAAUAGAUUUUCCUGUUAAAACUGUAGAAAUGAAGAUAGAAGCUGCCUACAUAGGUUUCGUAGUGUAUGUAUUAAACCCAUCAAAUUUCUGGGUACGUACUAAUGAACAUCAGAAUGAAUUUCAAGAUAUAACUAAAAAUAUAAACAAAUAUUAUGAUCUGUGUGAAAAUGAGGAAUUGAUUCUAAGAAAUCCAGAACCUGGAUCAUUUUGUUGUGCUAGAUAUAGCAAGGAUAGACAUUUUUAUAGAGCUGUCAUCACUGAAAUUAAUGGUUAUAAAAUUAAUGUUUAUUUUUUAGAUUAUGGAAAUACUGAUUCCAUACCAUUUUUUGAUGUAAAAAUUUUGCUUCCAGAGUUUUGUGAGUUGCCUGCUUUAGCCAUGUGCUGUUCACUUGCACAUGUAUUUCCUGUUGAAGAUUUAUGGGUGAAGACUGCUGUUGAUUAUUUUAAAAAAAUUGUCCUGAACAAAGCAGUUUUGCUUCAGGUUAUAGCAAAAAAAGAUGACAAGUAUACUGUAAAUAUUCAGAGUAUUGAAGCCUCAGAAGAUAAUGAUGUUGUCUCUCUCAUGUUACAAGCUGGAUAUGCAGAAUAUUGGGAAGUAGAACCAAAAUGUUGUCCAAAAUUUGUAAGUGAGUAUUCAGUGUUAAAUUUAAAAUCUAAAAGUAAAGUUAAUGUUAAGAAAGUAAUAUCUGCCCUUCUUGAAGGACCUCAAUCUAAAAGGUACCAUUCAAAUAAGCUAAAAGAAAGUAACUUGUCUUUGUUAAAGUCCCCACCUGUUAAUUUCUCUGAAUUUGAAAACCCUUUCAUCUUGUCUGUGGGACCUGAGUCACCAUGGCGUUAUAAAGAAUAUGUGUUUAAACCAGGAACAGUCCUUGAAGUUAAGUGUUCUUAUUCUUGUGGCCCAGGUGACUUCUUAUGCCAGCUGCAAUGUAAGUUAGAAGACUUAAAAUUACUAAUGGAACAACUUCAGCAUUAUUAUAGUGUUCAUUCUGAUCCUUAUCAGGUUGGGCAGAUGGCUUGUGUUGCUAAAUCCUCUAAAGAUGGAAAGUGGUAUAGAGCUGCUAUUUUGACUCAAAUAUCAGAAAAAGAAUUUGAUGUAAUACUGGUUGAUUAUGGUUACCAGGAAAGAGUUUUAAUUAGAGAUCUUUGUGCUAUUAAGCCACAUUUUCUUUCUUUAGAAGCCCAGGCCUUCAGAUGUAGUCUUAACCAUUUAGUUGAACCCAUUAGUUGUAGAAUAUUCAGUUGGUCGAGAGAAGCAUGCAGAGACUUUGAGAAUUUUAUUUCUUCAUCUAGAGGGUUAUUGACUUGUGUCAUCUGUGCCAUAGUUCUUAUAUAUCCAAACUGUUUAAGUAAUUUAGUGGAUUUACAGUCUCCAUUUACUAGUGCAAAAGAAUUUCUUAUUCGUCAUGGCUCUGCACAAUAUUGUACAGUAUCAAAGCCAUUUCCAUCUUCAGUUAGUCUUUACAGUUACUGUUAUUCUUCCUUCAAUAUAAAAAUUGGAAGUGAGGAAGAAAUAUAUAUAUCUCACAUAUAUAGUCCUCAAGAGUUUUAUUGCCAACUUAGUAGAAAUAGUAAAGACCUAGAGAUGAUAGAAACAAAAAUCAGGGAAAUUAGUUACCCCAGUGAUUGCCCCAAAUAUAAUUUUAGUAAAAUGAGAUUAUGUAUAUCUAAGUAUGUAGAGGAUGGUCUCUCUUAUAGAGCUUUAUCAAUGCCGACAGAUUCAUUAUCUGACUUCCUGGUGUAUUUUGUGGACUUUGGAAAUAAGCAAUUAGUAGAAGAAAGUAUGUUGAGGGCUGUUUCAGAUGAGUUUCCAGAGUUGCUGUUUACACCUAUGCAAGCUAUUAAAUGUUUUUUGUCAGAUCUUAGCGAUGUAGAUAUUCCAGCAGAAAUCAAUAACUGGUUUGCAGGUAAAUUUUUUGGAAAACCAUUAAGGGCAAAAAUACUGUCCAGGGAGCCAGAUGGCCAGUUUGGUGUGGACUUAUAUGAUGGAUAUCAACAUAUAAAUCAGAAAAUUAAAAUGCUACUUCAUGCUUAUGGGAAAAAGCAUUGUGACCAAGCACAGUGUGUGAAAAAGGAUCAUAAAACAAAUGAGAAUAAAAAAAAGGCUGUUUCCUUGAAAGGCAAAAUAGAAAACAACUAUCACCAUAACGUAAGUAAAACUAGUCUAAUAACACAUUCUGAAAGCAAAACAGAUCAGCUAAUGAAUCCCAGAAGUAUAUAUGCCAGGCUUUUGAAACCAUCAGUUUGCUGUAAAGUGGAACCUGUUUCAAAAAACAAGGUGAAGAAGUCUUUGCAAGAUGAACUUAAAAAUAAAGGUGUAAAAAUUGUCCCUGGACUUGCACAUAUUCUUGAUGAACAUGAUGCGGGCCAAAAAUCAGUAAGGGUUGUAUCACAGUCUUCUAUUAGAGAAUUAAAUCAAGCAACCUCAAAAAACAUACAUAGUCAUGCCAGACCACAAAUUAAAGACCUUCCUCAACCCAAGAUUUACUUGAAUGCCAAAGUUAGAGGAUAUGUUUCUAAUAUAAGUAAUCCAGCGAGUUUCCAUAUUCAGCUUGCUGAGCAUGAAAAUGUAAUCAUCAGACUAGCGGCUGCUCUAAAUGCAAGAAGAGCCAGUAUGGUGAGAAAGAGAAAAUCAGUUAAACCCAUGGUGGGAGAUCUUGUAGUUGCAGAAUACUCUGGUGACAAUGCCAUUUACAGAGCAGUUAUUAAGAAAAUUUUGUCAAGAAAUUCUUAUGAAGUGGAAUUUAUUGACUAUGGUAAUACUGCAGUAGUAAGCACAUCUAAAAUGUUUGAAAUUAAGAAGGAGUUCUUAACCAUUCCUCAGCUAGGAGUUCAUUCUUUCCUUAGUGGAGUCAAGUGGAAUGAACCUAAUGAAAUAUGGGACAGAAAAACUGUGGAUUAUUUUGCUUCAAGAGUAAGUAACAAAGCAGUUUCCUGUGAGUUUUUGAAACGGCAUAAACAGAAAUGGGAAGUAAAUGUAAUUUGUGAUGAAAAAUGUGUCAUUAAUGAACUAGUGAAAUGGACAGCGUGCUUGAAACUACAGAGAACAGUAUUACAAAUGCCUCAGGUUGUCUCUCAAAAGGUGGGCCCUGUUGAUAGUGAAAUGAAGAAAGGAGGAUCAAAUGGAUACGAAGGUUCUGUGAUCCUUCAGCCAUCCUACCAACAACUGGUUAGUAUCCCUUUUGAAGAGUUAAAACCUGGACAACUUGAAAAGGCUGAAAUACUUCAUGUUUCCAAAAGUGGAACAUUUUAUGUGAAGUUAUCUAAAAACAAAAAGAUUUUAUCAGAUUUAACGGUAUUAAUUACUAAAGAAGUAAGAAACCCUGCUUUUUUAUCAGUGGAAAAUAUUGAGAAAGGCUUGGAAUGCUUGGCAAAAUCUAAAAACACUUUUGAGUGGUAUCGAUCAAAAGUAGCUAAGUAUGUUGAUGAGAAAGUGCUUGUUUUUUUAGUAGAUUGUGGCAGGUAUGAAAUAGUGCCUUUAUGUAAUACUAAGGUGCUUAGUAAUGAAAUCAGAAAUAUUCCAAGACAAGCUGUGCCUUGUAAAUGGAUUUGGUUUGAAAAUUUUAGGAAGAUGCCGUUUGAGUCCAUUGCGGAUUUGUUUGCUCGUUUGGAAAUAAACAUCCUUUUCCUGAAAUAUUUAGACUCUGCUUGGAAAGUAGACAUUUUGAUAGAUGGUCUGUUACUUUUGGAAUAUUUAAAUUUAAAUACAGUUCAUAUUGAAGAAAACAAAUUUAGAUCUUCAGGAAUUAUUUGUAGUGUUGAAACUAAGACUCCUGUAUCACCAUGUACCAUAAGAUCAUUUACUUGGACACAGCUUCAAAAUGGUAAGCAAUAUUCUGGUAUUGCCACUGCUGUUUCUGAUCCAUCAGACUUCUGUGUUCAGUUAGAAGAUUUCUUUGACACAAUGAAAUCUCUCUUUAUGUUACUUUCUGACCUACCAGAAGACUUACAAACAGUGCCUCAGGACCAUAUAAUUCCCGGUUCUAGUUGUUUGUUCAAAUAUGAAUCGGAAGAUCAGUGGAAUAGAGUAGAAAUUUCCAAAGUCUCUGAUCAGAAUUUACUUCUUACAUUGAUUGACUAUGGAUUUUCUGUUUACAUACCUUAUUCAGAUAUAAAAAUUCUUAAAGUUGUUCCUGAAGAACUUCUGAAUUUGCCGAGGCUAAGUUAUUCUUGCAUCUUACAUGGUGUCUUACCUGCUGAAGGCAGACAUUGGACAGAGGAAGCCAAAAGAUUUUUUCAAGAUUUCCUGAGUAAACCGGGCUUAGUUUUUCAGUUUAGGGGAUACAGUUUUGAAACAAAACUGAAGGUAGACAUCAUUCAUGAGAAAAACAAUUUGGCAGACAUGUUAGUUGCCUCUGGUCUUGCAAUUUAUUCUAAAGAUUCAGUUCAUCUCGACGAAGUUACUACUACUGGAUCUAUUGAAGUCCAAUAUAAGUCAGAGAGUAAGCCUAUUUGCCAAUUGUUAGAUCAAAAUAAUUACAAAAUAGAAAAUAUAAAUUGUACAUGCACUGAGAAGCAAGUGCUAAAAAAUCAGAAAACUAUAAAGAGGAAAGAUGUCUAUAAACACCUCUUAAAGAAAAGCCAUAUUAGUAGAAGAUUACAGUCUGGAAAGUCAGUACUGAGGAGGAAGAAGGUUGAUACUGGAAAACAUAAUCCCCGAAGUACCAUUACAUUUGAUACAUGUGCAACAGCUUCAUUUUGGGAACUACCUAAUGGUUUGAAGAAUAACACCAAUUGCAUUGAAAACAUUUUUGCAAAGCUAAGUGAAGGAUUGCAGGAAAAUAAUACAGUGGACUUAAGAACAACAGGAAAAGCAUUUCAUGUUAAUGAAGUAAUGGUAUCAAAACAUUUGAAAGGAGCAGUGGCUUCGAGGCACAGUGGUGAUGUCUGUGUGGCGCAGGAGCUACCCCACGUCCAAGGUCAGAAGCGGGGUCCAUGA